AUGGCAGAUCAACCGACCGAUCAACGCGAGGAACAGCAUUAUCCAGACCCCGAGGACGACUACCCCCUCCUCCUGGCAAAAAGAUACAACCAUGAGGCCAAGGACGGACAAGAGAGUGCUUGUGAUGACAGUAUUGCAUCUCUGGUUCCCUCAUCACCUAGGUCUACCUUCUCCUUGGGUCGUCUUGCACGAGGCGUUGUUGACUCUCUGAUGCCUGAGCCUCUCAGACCACAGCGUGUGCUUAAGAAACGGCCAGCGCCGCUUGACCUCUCCCCUUCGCGUAAUUUCAAUGCUAGUACAGUAGCUCUGAAUGAACGAUCCAAAUAUCAAGUCAGGCCAUGCUCCUCUGUUUACGACCAGCACCACCCUUGGCCAGCUUCUACUGUUUGCAGCGAGGCAGCGCCCCUUCACGAGGUAGACGACGAGAGCUAUUUUGGUCCCCAGGAGCGUAGCUGGACUGGAGAAGCGAACGAGAGGACCUGGGCCAGCGAGCCUACAGGACCACUGGCACCGAUGAGUGGCAGCGUGAAAGGAAAGGCAGCUGUUGCAGAUGGAACUCGCCACAACCCCGUCCUGGAUACCGAGGCUAGGUUCUGGAUGCCAAGCAAGACACCAGACGAAGGACAGCCGGCAGCAGAGGAGACAGUGCUGUCCGAGGAAGAACUGGAGCAGCAGGCGGUGGAGAGAGAAGAGCAGCUCGUCUCGCAGGUGGCCGCCCUGCGCCUCCCCACUUUCACGCGCCGUAAACAACCCGUCGUCCAGCCUUCCACCGCCUCUUCCUACGGUGACUCUGAGCCUCUUCUCCCAAGCCACGGCGACCACGUCCCCUUUGACCCUGUCGAUCCUUAUCACCACAGCGGCCAGCCGAAGAAGAAGACUCUGUACGGCCCCGAAGGCUAUCUUGGCAAGAAAAAGGACUGGAAACAGUCGCCUUUGCAGAAAAUGGUUUCCAAGGUGGGAUCCGUGGGCACGCGUGUGAGAAACUCCAUCCGUCGCUCCCUUGAGAACAACGCCAAGGACCAGAGAACUGAGCUCGUCCAUGGCAUCGUGAUGAAGCCCAACGUCCCCAUCCAUGUGGCGCGUCAGACUCAGGCUGAGAUCUACUCCAAGCUCGAGCUCUUCAUGUGCGUGGCUGCCAACGAGUACCUCCUCGUACAGCUGCACUACAACCGCUUCGUUGGCACUGAUUCUCUCAGACGCUUUGUCGAGUUCUGGAAGGCCAAGAAUCGCCCCACGGUCCCCGAGUUCCAGUUCGACCUGAAGACUCAGUACGACAUCGUCAUCCACAACGUGCGCACCCUUGAGUUCCCGGGCAAGUAUGGCUUGGAUCCAGUGCUGUUGAAAUCUACUCUGGAUGCCUGGGGCAGUGUCGUCAACCAGCUGAACGUCCGCAACUUCUGCUGGCCCGACAGCGCUAUUCUCAAGCUCUUCCACGAUGUCUUUCCAGUUCUCGAGAUGCUUGGAGCGCCGACUGAGUUUAUGGCCGUCUUUCUCGAAAUGCGUCGCUUGGUCGUCGAGAUUGUCGAAGAGUCCAAGAAAAUCAAAAAAGUCGACAAGGCAACCUUUGAGCCUCAGAGCCCUGUUCCCACCAUGCCUCGCCGUGGUUAUCACAGCGGCUAA